UUUGUCAUAUUUUGUAACAUUUGCUUUGUUUCAUUUUUGUACUAUACAUUUUUGUUCUCAUCCAAUAUUUUGAGCAGGCACUGCCUCCCUUUUCUCCUCGGAGGAAAUGCCCCUGAAUGUAUAUGUAUAUAUAUGUAUGUAUGUAUAUUUAAUUUUUUGAUUGAACAGGCAGACAACAGGGCCGCCAUCAAACCAACAGAACUCGCAAUUCCCGGCGCAGACAAGCUUCUCGCUUGCAGAUGGACUUGUUUGAUGACAGUCAGGGAAAUAAUUAUGAGGCUCUCUUAGCAUUCGAGGAGCAACAAGGUGCUGUAGUAGCCAAGAACACUCUGACAAAGGCCAAGAUCGAACGGCUGCCCGUGAAAACAUACGAUCCCGCACACAGCGCAGGAAAGACAGAUUGCCAGAUCUGUUUCAGUGAGUACAAGGCGGGUGAACGACUCAGGAUCCUUCCAUGUCUCCAUGAUUACCACGUCAAAUGCAUCGACCGCUGGCUAAAGGAGAACGCCACAUGUCCAAUCUGCAGAGCGGAUAUAUCAGAGUGUGGUGGUUUUUCUUGAGCUCACAACUUCAGGACUCAGAAUCUACCUCACAGCUGGUCAUUUGACCCUGUUAGAUUUUUAAACAGUCUUAUUUUGUGUGUCAUUAAAUGAUUUUACAUGCAAAAUAUCGUCCAAGGUUGGAACCAGCAUAAAGCACUGCCAAGCACUGUUUUAUUUAGAAAGAUCCUUCUAAAAUUUAUCAGACAUGACUGUAUCACACCAGUGGCAACAAACCUGUUACGACACUGUUAGCAAUAGCUAAACUUGAAUUUCUGACUUACAAAUAGAAUCACUUUAUAUACACUUUCUGUCCAUUUUUAUUAUAACCGAGACAAAAAAUAUAUAUGUUGCUGUUACAGUCAUUCUAUCACUGUUGUUUAUGUAAAUAUCAGGCAUCAUGCCAUGUAGCAUGUGAUUUUAUUCAC